UUUCCUCCGCGGCUCACUCACAACAAACAUAGCGGCUUUCGGACACAUUAACGCCUCGGACAGACGGAUAUUUGGACAAACGUGAUAGUUUACGGUUAAAUCUUCACUCUGCGGAAUUAAAUGAAGCUGAACAUUUCCCCACGAACGUGAGGUAACGUUAGAAAUUAGCGGCCGGUGGCUAACUGUAACUUAUCGAGCCCGUCAGUCAAACUUAACUGCUGCUGCUAACAACCAGCUGAACUUGGAGGAGCCAAAAAGAUCCCCAGUAGCGAGCUGACUGGCGUUUAAAAUCAAAAAACACCAGUAACCGGACUGCACUUGUGAUGUAGUCGUUUCACCGUUCUGGCCGUCUGUCUAACGACCUUCUGAGGAGGGUUUAAGAUCUGCGAUCACAGCGAUGGAUGAGGACACCCCAACCUUGAAGCCCAGACGGAUCCAGAAUCAAAACGUGGUUCAUCGUCUUGAGAGGCGCAGGAUCUGUUCAGGUCGACCAGGAGCUCACUGGUACAGAGUACGAUGUUUCCACCAGAACCUUUUCCCGAACUUCACUGUUGUCAACGUGGAGAAGCCCCCCUGCUUCCUGAGGAAGUUCUCGCCAGAUGGACGCUGUUUCAUCGCCUUCUCCUCUGACCAGACUUCCCUGGAGAUUUAUGAAUAUCAAGGCUGCCAGGCGGCUCAGGACCUGCUGAGGGGCCAAGAGGGAGAGACUCUUCUAACGGCCAACGACCAGCGUUCCCUCAACAUCCGAGGCCGCCUGUUUGAGCGCUUCUUCUCCUUGCUCCACGUCACUAAUGUGGCCUCAAAUGGAGAACACCUCAACCGGGAGUGCAGCCUUUUCACAGACGACUGCAGAUACGUCAUUGUUGGGUCGGCUGUGUACGUCCCAGAGGAGCCGCCGCCUUAUUUCUUUGAGGUGUAUCGGAACAACGAAUCGGUGACUCCCAACCCUCGGUCUCCUCUAGAGGACUACUCCCUCCACAUUAUCGACCUCCACACCGGCAGGUUGUGUGACACCAGGUCCUUUAAGUGUGACAAGAUCAUCCUGUCCCACAACCAGGGCCUCUACCUCUACAGAAACAUCCUGGCUGUGCUGUCGGUCCAGCAGCAGACCAUACAUGUGUUUCAGGUCACUCCAGAGGGAACAUUUCUAGAUGUUCGGACUAUUGGGCGGUUCUGUUAUGAGGACGACCUCCUGACUCUUUCAGCAGUUUACACUGAGGCUCAGGCUGAGAGUCAGCCGGGCUUCCCUCGCCUUUACACGGACAAAACCAUCAAUUCCCUCAAGCACAGGCUGCUGGUCUACCUUUGGAGGAGGGCUGAGCAGGACGGCAGCGCCACCGCCAAGAGGAGAUUCUUCCAGUUUUUUGAUCAGCUGAGGAGGUUGAGGAUGUGGAAGAUGCAGCUGUUGGAUGAACAUCACCUCUUCAUUAAAUACACCAGCGAAGACGUGGUCACACUCAGAGUCACCGACCCCUCGCAGCCGUCAUUCUUCGUCGUGUACAACAUGGUGUCCACAGAGGUGCUGGCCGUCUUUGAGAACACGUCCGACCAGUUGCUGGAGCUGUUUGAGAACUUCUGCGACCUGUUCAGAAACGCCACGCUGCACAGCCAGGCUGUCCAGUUUCCCUGCUCCGCUUCGUCCAACAACUACGCGCGGCAGGUCCAGAGAAGAUUCAAGGACACCAUAGUGAACGCCAAAUACGGCGGGCACACAGAGGCAGUGCGCCGGCUGCUGGGUCAGCUGCCCAUCAGCGCCCAGUCCUACAGCAGCAGUCCUUACCUCGACCUCUCCCUCUUCAGUUAUGAUGACAAGUGGGUGUCAGUGAUGGAGAGGCCCAAGACCUGCGGAGAUCACCCUAUCAGGUUUUAUGCGCGAGACUCUGGUCUGCUGAAGUUUAAGAUCCAGGCGGGCCUGCUGGGACGGCCCGUUAAUCACGCUGUGCGACGUCUGGUUGCCUUCACGUUCCACCCCUUCGAACCCUUUGCCAUCUCUGUCCAGCGCACCAACGCAGAGUACGUGGUCAACUUCCACAUGAGGCAUGUCUGUGCGUGA